GUGCUCGCCUGGUGGCUAGUGGCUCUUGCUUCAUUGCACCUGCCAGCACCCGCCAGACCAUACUUGCGUGGUUCAGCUCACACUCACCACUCUGUCUGCACUCUUCAACUCUCUCUCGCUGCUGUUGCCUAGGCAUCUGCGAUGCUGCGUCUGGUCGCCGCACUACAAAUCUACACCCCGACAUCCUGAUCCGACUAUCCUCGCUCGCCCCAACAUUCGUUUUCCGUGUCGCGGUCAAUCACGAUCUCCCGUCGGUCUACCGACGCCUCGAACCAUACGUAUACAAACGACGACAAGCACUCGAGAUCCGUUCUCACACGUCCGGGCGAAAUGUACCUAAGAGGGUGCGGUCAAGUUUUGUUGGCAGCCGGCCUGCUACUGCUCCCUCUGGUCGGCUCCGUCAGCGUAGACGAUGACGGUACAUGGGUGGUCGGAAUCAUCGAUGGUGACAAAUGGCAAGUCAGAGACGACAGAAAACCAUCUCUCUACACUGCCGACUAUGGCGACUGCCUAGGCAAGAGCGCAAUCAAUGUCACGCGAUUCGACGCUGCCUACUACAAAGACAACAUGACGAUCAUUUUCCACCUGGAAGGUGAGACUGGGCUACGAAGAGAGGACAUAAUGAUGAACAUCGGCGUUUAUGCGUACGGCGAGAGUCGAUUCGACCUGACCUUCAACCCUUGCGACGCCAACAUACUCAGCGCUUGUCCCGUCAAAGCCGGCGUUCCCAUCGAGGCGGCGGGCAUCAUACCGAUCAAUCAAGACGACGUCGCAGGGAUUCCAGAAAUCGCGCUGAGCAUCCCCGACUUCGAAGGCCAGGCGAUCCUGCGGUUGUUUUCAAACUCCACACAGAACGAAAUCGGCUGUUUUGCGGCACAGAUUACCAAUGGCUUCACCUUUCAGCAGAAAAGCUCAGUGGGCUCAACGCUAGGAUUCUUCACUCUCAUAGCCGUCGUUUCCUCUUUUGUUACAGCCGCCUACGGAUCCAACAUCGUCGACAUGCGCAAGCAUUACGCCCAUUCGCUGUCAGUGUCUGUGGUCUUCGCGGUAUGGCACCACAUCUUCUACAGCGGGGCGCUCUCAGUGAACUGGCCCAGCGUCCUCGUGGCCUUCUGGAGCAACUAUGCCUGGGCUGGGGGUAUGAUCUACUCUGAGCCAAUGCAGAACACGAUCAACGAUUUCAUUGGCUCGAACAAAGGAAACACGUCGCAUGUCGGCGCCGCAGGUACGGGCGAAAGCAAUCCUCAUCUUGGAGGAGGGGUCGACAUCCACCAGAUAUACAAACGAAGCGCUCUUUCUCGAGAUCUGAAUCUCCAAUCUGCCCUAGCCAAGCGCCAUCUCGUCGACGUGAAUAGCGGAUUCAAAUAUUACGGACUGCCCGUAAAGCCUGGACUGCCACUUCCGGGCAACUAUUCUGGAUUCGCUGGUACCCUUGCGACGGAACACAUCCCAGCAAGCAACGCUUUCAUGACCGGACUGCUCUGGUUCUUGGUCUUGAUUACAUGCGGUGUUGUCUCUGUGCUCUCCCUGAAAGCUGUCCUCGAAGGCUUGAGUAGCAUACGUGUUGUCAAAAAGGACCGCCUAGCCUUUUUCCGAACGCACUACCUUACCUUCGCUCUAUCGACUGUCCUGCGAACGAUUUUCAUCGGGUUUUACAUGUUGACAUUUCUGGCCAUGUUUCAGUUCUCCUACCUAGCUCUUUCAGGUCCUGUUGCGGUCGCAUGUGUAGCCUUUUUCGCCGUAGUAUUCGGCAUAGGCAGUAUCGCCGCCUAUGCUUGUUUCUCCAGACUUCGGAUCGGCAAGUAUGCCUCUGAACCCGACUGCUUGAACAUAGCCAAACGACGCUUGUACAAGCUCAUUCCGUGGUUCAGUAUUUCGAGGAAUAGCAAAGUGCCGCGCUCCGAAGAUGAGGUUUACAUCGGUUCAAUUCCUUGGUGGACGAUACACGCCACGGCGGAUACCACGUCAAUCCAUGACGACGAGCAGUACACGACAAGGUUUGGUUGGCUCGCCUCCCGCUAUAGGAGAACUCGUUGGUGGUUCUUCGUCGUCUGGCUGUUCUACGAAUUCGUUCGAGCAUGCUUCCUUGCUGGCGCAUCUACACAGCCCUUGGCCCAGGUGUUCGGUCUGCUCGCUGUUGAGAUUGUCGCUUUUAUCGCCUUCAUCAUCCUUCGACCUUUCGAGGGACAGCGCCUGAACGUUUUGGCCGUGUAUCUUCUCGGCUUUAGCAAGAUUACUACUACAGGUCUUUCGGCAGCCUUUGAUACACGGUUUGAUAUCGCUCGCAUCCCUACAACCGUUAUUGGCAUCAUCAUAAUCAUCAUCCAAGGUCUCCUGACGGUCGCUGUGAUGGUUCUGAUCCUGAUCGGCGCUGUCUCAAGCUACAUGUCCAUCCUGCGGAACCGCGGACGAAUGGCGCCGUUGAGCUGGAACCCGCUGCGCGAAAAUUACUUUGCGCAUCUCAAUUUUGCAGUGCAGGAUAUUCCUCGAUCGCGACCGCGUGCGAUAUCGAUGCACUCGAUGCCAGAAUUGCCGAAGACACCAUACUUUGAAGUAAAGAAUGUGAAGCGGAUGGCCAAAGUUGAGGAUGAAGAUGAUGAAUUCAUGCGAGAGAUUGACAGCGAUCAUGCGACGUCCGAACUAUUACUUCCUACGCAAACUAGCGAUGGUACCACAGACCGGCCCAACCAACGCAACAGGAGUGAAACUCUCCAGUCGCAAGCAUCUUACUCCAGUCUACCCAAGGCGGCUCGCCUGCAUCGUCCCAAUUGGAGCAGACACGGAUACAGCGAUUCAGUUAGUACGGGACGCCGCAGGGCUUUGGGCGAAGCUCAUACGAAGACUCCCAAGCAGAGUCACGAGACAAUCGACAUGUAUCCAAGCCCACUUGGCAUCCAUGCUGAGGGACGCAUUACUCCAGCUUUUUCUUCUUCGGCACUUUGGAACGAAGACCAUUUCGACACCCCAGACAAGCGAGCAGCAAGCCGACUGGAAUCAGUCUCACGAUCGAGCUCGAGGCCCAAACUGGAGACUAGGAUCACCGAAGAGAACAUACCUCCCAUUCCGAAGCAUCGCAAUGCAAACUGAUUUCAGGAUCAUACGGAGCAGCCAUACCACCAACAUCAGCAGCAGCAGAGACCUAUAAGCCGAGUCUAUCCUCACGCAACAGCUUUCGAUCAGCCUACCACAGUAUGAUACGACGGAAUGGAAAGAGCUCAGCAGCUUUGCCAUUCGACGAAUUCCCGUGAAACAUCGCUCUGGCACAUCUGCAUUGGACUUUCAACACAGCAUCAGCAAUGAAUACCCAUGAUUCUUUGACAACAACCCAUAUACCCACAGUACCAAGCAGACGACAUUUCGUUUUCCUUUUUCUUCAGCAGCAUGACGUUAGCAGUAUCUGCAUGGCUUCGCAACGGGAGAAAGACCAUCUCAGCGCUCGAUUUAGGAUGUUGGAUACGGCAUGUUUACGAAGUGUAUGAAUAACGAACAAAGCCGGAUAGUAGCUAGACGGAGGCAGGAGUGGCAAUGCGCAUAAUAGAACAACG